AUGUCCCUCAGCGACAAUGAAGUCUUCCAAUUGCGGGCAGCUCUGCAGGACGCUGUAGUCAAAUGUUUCGAGCGCUGUCUCUACCAAUCCGCGAAAUGGGCUGCUGAGCUCCUCAACUCCAUCCCCGAAUCCACAGGCCAACAACCCUCCUCCCAAGACACAAUAACCGCCCAGUCCGCCUCCAUAUCCGGCCCGAAUCCCGACCCCGAAGAAGCACGUCUAGAAGCGCAAGAAUUCAACAAAUACCUCUUCGCAAAAUCUCUAUUCGACUGCCGCGAAUACGACCGAUGCGCCGCCGUCUUCCUUCCCGAGUCCAUGCUCUCGGGCAUCGUGGAAUCCAAAGCCGAACCAGCAUCGGGAACUCCCAAGGGAAAGGGCAAGCUAAAACCGAGUGCGACGGCGGCGACGGCAGCAGCUGAGUCGAGCAAGACUGCGGCGCUGCCGAAGAUAAGCCAGAAGAGUCUGUUCCUUGCGCUCUAUGCCAAGGUGAUAUCGGGCGAGAAGAGGAAAGAUGAGGAUGCGGAGAUGGUGAUGGGGCCGCAUGAUGUGGGGACAGUGGGGAAUAAGCAGUUGCUUCUUGUGAGCAAGUGUCUUAAUGCGUGGUUUGAGGAGAGGAGUGUGGGCGAUGAGGAGGCGGUGGGAAGUCAGGGCUGGCUCGAAUAUCUCUACGGAAUGGUGCUUGCAAAGGAAAAGAACAACGAAAAGGCUAUGGAGUAUCUGGUACGGAGCGUGCACCUCUUCCCCAUGAACUGGGGCUGCUGGCUCGAGAUGGCCUCAUUAAUAUCUCGAGUGGAAGAUCUCAACCGCAUCGCCAAGCACCUCCCACACAACAUCGUCUCCUUCAUGUUCCACCUCCACACCUCCCUCGAACUCUUCCAACAAGGCCCCUCCCUCGCCAACUCCCUCGACCAACUCCUCAGCAUCUUCCCCACCUCCUCCUUCCUCCUCACCUGCAACGCCCUCCUCUCCUACCACGCCAAAGACUUCGUCGCCGCCGAGCAGCACUUCAGCCGCCUCCUCUCUCUCCACCCUUACCGCCUCGACUCCCUCGACCACUACUCCAACAUCCUCUACGUAAUGAACAUGCGACCAAAACUCGCCUUCCUGGCCCACCUCUGUUCCAACGUCGACAAGUUCCGGCCCGAAUCGUGCGUCGUCAUCGGGAACUACUACAGCCUUUUAUCUAUGCACGAAAAGGCCGUGCAGUACUUCCGCCGUGCCCUCACGCUCGAUCGUACGUGCUUGUCAGCCUGGACGCUCAUGGGCCAUGAGUACGUCGAGUUGAAGAAUACGCACGCCGCGAUCGAGUCGUAUCGCCGAGCCGUGGACGUCAACCGUCGGGAUUAUCGGGCCUGGUACGGUCUUGGUCAGACAUACGAGAUGCUCGAAAUGCACACCUACGCUCUAUGGUACUACAAGAAGGCGGCAGGCUUACGGCCCUGGGACGGCAAGAUGUGGUUGGCCGUCGGCUCGUGUCUUGAGAAGAUGGAUCGCGACCGAGAUGGUAUCAAGGCGCUUAAGCGCGCGCUGCUGGCCGAUGCAUACUACGACGUGGGGAGCAGCUUUGGCAGCGGCGGCGAGUUGCUAGGUGGACGGAAUACGACGGGACACAUGGAUCCCGAGACGUUGCUGCAGAUUGCCAACAUGUAUAAUCGGCUCGGCGAAAUCGACGAGGCCAAGUCUUACAUGGAGCUCUGCCUCGCACAGGAAGAUGGCGGAGUCCAAUCCUCCGACGACAUGCGUUUCCAAGAGUCGAUCACCAUACACAACGACUCGCCUCCUCCUUCGGACGACGGCAGAGGGGGCGAGAGCGCCGCUGUUGGGGCCGGGGAUCACGAGGGCGGCACGGGUGUCACGGCGGCGACGAGUAAGGCGAGGAUGUGGCUGGCGAGAUAUGCGCUUGAUAUGGAGGAUUAUGUUACGGCGAAUCGGUUGGCGACGGAGUUGUGUGAGGACGGGGUGGAGGUGGAGGAGGCGAAGGCGUUGUUGAGGGAGGUGAGGGCGAGGAUGGAUGUUGAAGGGGUGUGA